AUUAUUACAGCCAAAGCCAAGGUCUUUCAAAGUUUACCUUAAAGAACCUCUCAGAUAAAGAGAAUGCUGUGAAAGGUCAUUCUAAAUAAAAUCAUGUCUUUUUGAGAUUGGAGAAGGUAGAUAGAGAAUUCCACUUAUUAUCUAGUUACUUUUUCUGUAAGUCUAUACUGUUAGGUAGGGUUAUGGCUUUUAAGAUUAAGCCUUUGGGUCUAGGGUUUUGGUUAGGAUUAGGGUUAAAGUUAUAAUUGAGAGUCAGGCUUAUGGUUGUAGUUAGGAUUCGGUUAAAGGACAUUGUUAGAAGUAUUAAUAGAUCUCAAAGUUCCAUAACCUACAGUCGCCUACCUGAAUGCAUCUAUGCUGCAUGGUGUGAUUUCUCUAUAGAUAAUCUGUGUAGUGACUCGUAGACAUUAUUACAACGUAUAAUUGACGUUUUUAUAGUGUGCUAUCAUGUUUGCAAUGUUUUUAGUGCAUUUUUCAACAAUUAUACGACUUUUCGUUCAAGGUCAGAUUUCAGAUUUAUUGGUUGAGGCCAGAUAGCUUGGAGUCUAUGUUAGUAAAUUUUUGUGCUUGUUCAAACUCUUCUUGAAUGAGUCGGUUGGGGUUACAGACACCACUUCUUCGGGGAGUCGGUUCCAAGAGUUUAUGACUCGAUGUGGGAACCAGUACUCAACAGCAAUAUGAUUUCUUCUUGGCAUUCGAACUCUCCUGCUAUGUCCUCUAAGGUGUUCUGACCUGGUGGGAAGGAAAAGAGAGAAUAGGAAAACAAUGCUUACAAAAGAAAUGAAUGUCCGUAUCAAAUAUCCAUUCAAGCAUUUUCUAAAAGAAGGCAUACCAACAAAAUGAAUAUUAUUGCACUCAAAUAUGUGCUUUACAGCCUGUGAGAAAGAGUAUUCAAGAUGACAAAUGUAUGCCAGUAAACACAGAUGAUGAUUUCAGAGAAACCAGCAGUGGAGACGAAAACGAUAAUGUUCUAGCAAUAACUACCUCCAGGAACAAACAAACUAAAUGCUUCAGAAAAAUAAGAACAGUGGGAAGAAAUCUGUUUCGUCACCAAUACACAGAUUCAAAUAAACAAUUGGUUGAAGAACAAUGCCACGGUAUACAACCACGAUUAUCACAAUCUGAGCUGACUGAUGAAUUAAUUCGAUAUUCGCAUAUAAUUAAUACAAUACGACAAACAAAUCCUCAACUGUUUCUUGUGAAAAUUCAUCAAUAA